UAUAUAAGGCCUCGCAGCAGCUGUUAGCAGCUCCUGCAGCUUUCUGAUGAUGAUGAUGAUGAAUAAUGGAACAUCUUACUCUCACUUUGACAACCAGGAACACGUCCUGAAACUAGGAGACACCUUCGAGAAACAUCCUAAAAGUGGCUUCCACACGGUGCGAUAUGACUUCAAACCAGCGUCCAUUGAUACAACAUGUGAAGGAGAGCUUGAAGUGGGAAAAGGAGAACAAGUCACUAUUACUUUACCCAAUUUAGAGGGUUCGAAUGCUCCAGUAACGGUGUUCAAGGGGUCCAAGAGGCCGUACAUGAAGGAGUGCAUCCUCAUCGUGAACCACGACACGGGAGAGUACCGACUGGAGAAACUCAACAGCAACAUCGCUGUGAAGAAGACCAGGGCCGAGGGCAGCAGUAAGAUCCAAUCCCGCCUGGAGCAGCAGACCAGUCGUCUGAGCCAGCAGGUGAGGAGCAACACCACCACCAGCACCCCCAGCAGCAGCAGCAACAAUAAGACCUCCACUAGCUCCAAGAGUUCUCCUCCCAAAGAGAAGACGUCCCCGCCGUCCCCCAUGGACGACAUCGAGAGAGAGUUGAUGGCGGAGGCGCGGGUCAUGGACCAGCUGAGCAGCGGCGACAGCUCCUCCGACUCCAACAGCUCCUCGUCCUCCAGCAGCGGCGACAGCUCAAGCAGCAGCGACGAUGAAGACGAACGGACGUCUGCGCCGCCCCCUGCUCUGGCACCGCCCCCGGCCAACCCCAGCAUGCCGAUCAUCACCACCAGCGCCCCCACCAGCAGUCGCAGCCAGGAGAGCGGAGGAGGACUCAUGAACACGCUCAAGAACGACCUCCAGCUGAGUGAAUCGGGCAGCGAGAGCGACUGAACAACGUGAGGACGUCUGUGGACAUCAGGACCCGGGUACAGACCUGCAGUCUCUGACCGUCUUCUCUUCAUAUCCACUAUUCUACUGCUAGCUAAUAUCAUGUGUUGCUUCUCCGCCAACAAACUCACAUUUCUAGCUUCAUGAUCUUUAUUUUUCUGUGUAUGUUAAGAAGAGG